CCAUCACCCUCCUCCAAACCCCCCACACCGCCACAAUGCCUCCCAAAAAGAUGACCGCCAACCCCCUCCGCGGCCCCAUCUACCGCGCCGGCAAACCCCUCCCAGGCCAAUCCGACUCCUCCGACUCCUCCGACGAACCAGAAGAAGAAGAAGAAACACCCGCCCCAAAACCCGCGCCUCCCAAAGCCGCCUCCUUCCGCCCAAAACCCAAGCCCGCGACCCCAGCACCGGCCGCCACCUCACCCCAGGACCUCGCGGAGGGCUUCGAGACAGCGAGCGAAGACGAAUCAGGGUCGGACAAAGAGGAUGGGAGCGGUUCAGGCAGCGACGACGAAUCUUCCAGCGAGGAAGACGAGGAGAGCUCAGAGGAGGAAGUUGCGCCGCGAAAACUAAUGCGCCCCGUUUUCGUGAAAAAGAAUGCGCGAGUCACCUCCGCCACCCCCGCGAAAUCGUACGAGGAGAUCGAAGCCGAGGCCGAAGCGCGGCGGAAAGCGACGGCAGAUGCGAUGCUACAAGAGCAACUCGAGCUCGCGGCUGCGGAGAAGGCGAAUAGGAAGAAGCACUGGGACGAGGAGGACAACAUCGACGAAGCGGAGUUCGUGGAUGAUGCUGAUGCGGCGACACCGGAGAGCGCGGCAGCGGAGCUGGCGGCGUGGAAGCUGAGGGAGCUGCGGCGUGUGAAGAGGGAGCGGGCGGCGAUUGAGGAGGCGGAGGCGGAGCGCGCUGAAGUCGAGCGGCGGCGGAACCUCUCUGCCGCCGAACGGGAGGCGGAAGAUCGCGAGUUCCUAAAAAAGCAAGAGGAUGAAAAGGGAGAGAGGGGCACGAUGUCGUACAUGCAGAAGUACUUCCACAAGGGCGCAUUUUUCCAGGAUGAUCUCAAAGCCAACGGGGUCGAUCGCCGGGAUCUUAUGGGCGCGAAGUUUGAGGAUGCGACGAAUCGCGAGAUACUGCCCGAAUAUAUGCAGAUGAGGGAUAUGACGAAGUUGGGGAGGAAGAGUCGGACCAAGUACCGGGACAUGAAGAGCGAGGAUACGGGACGGUGGGGGGAUUUUGAGAAGAGGGGCCCGGGGAAGGAUCAUGGCGUUGAUGAGAGGUUCAGGUCUGAUGGGCACGAGGGAAGGGGUCAAGCUGUCACGGGUGCGAAUUCGGGGCCGCUGGGGGAGAGGAAGAGGCCGGGGCAGGGAGAAGAUAGGGAUGGUAAGAGGGCGAGGUUUGAUGAUCGAUGAACAUACUUUGGCACCGGCAGGUCAGAGACCGUGGUAUCAAACUUUGAGAUAUGGAGGCCAUCUUUUGGAUUUAGCAUGGCGUUUGACCUUGAUGGGAGCAUUUCACGGCGUUUUGCGUACUGUUAUUUUACAGGGUGUUUAGUCAAGCUCACGAGACUGGGCCAAGUCCAAGGGACUAGGAAUCAGACACUGCUCGAGUACGAGCUGUCAUCAAUAGCUUGUCAGGAGGAUACCAAAAUCAAGAGAGCUAUUUCAAAUGUCUAG